AUGGCGACCGCUGAGAGGCGAUCAAAUCUCAGGUUGCUCAGGACGUCAUUGAUUCUGGACCAAGGUGACACACGAACACGCACGACUCGCCAUGGAGACUGUCUCAGACUGUGUACUUACAACGCGAGAACAGUGUCCACAGACGCUGACCUGCAUGCCCUUCUCGGAGCUCCAGAGCGUAUCAAAUUUCACUUGAUUGCGCUGCAGGAGACCAAGUGCAGAAGGAGCGACGUACGAGUGAUGAAUGACGGUACACUCGUCAUCCGUGGAGAGAAGGUUCCGCCGCAAAAUGUAGCCGGUGUUGGUUUUUUUGUGCACCCAUCUGUCGUCCAUCUUGUCGAUUCUCACGAGAUGCUGUCACCUCGUCCGGCCUUUCUGCGCUAA